AUGAAUGCAUUUGCUUCAGAAUGCAGUAGUGGGUGUGAGUCUGGUUGGACUCUAUACCUCGAACACUCUUUCCUUAACCAGAAUCGAUUUAUAGAUGGAACUGAUGGAUUUUAUGAGGAACACAAAGACAAAAGAGUCAAAGAUGAGAACUCUGGGGAUGAGGAGGACUUGUCCAUGGUUUCUGAUGCUUCUUCUGGGCCUCCACAUAUCCCAGAUGAUGAGGCUUGCUUCAAUGAAGAACAUAAUAAUGGUUGCUUUUAUUCAGCACCCAAAGCAGUGAAGCUGGCCAAGAGUGGUACAAAGAGGCUGAAAGUUAAAGAGAAUCAACACCGUGAAAAUCAACAUCUACCCUCUUUUCUUCAUGACACUGCUAGCUCUCAUGUGUUUGACAUCUCCACUAAUGAUGUUACUGGGACCAACCGACAAACUUCGACAGGGAGCAUGCUAAAUUAUUCCCAAGGUUUCUCUGCAAAUUAUUUUGAGGGGAGAUCCUCAUUCCAAGAAGAACACUUCGGUUUAUUACAACCAUCUCUAUCAAAAAAUGAACUUCAAGGCAACAAAUGGUAUGGAGGAAAGAAAUGGAGAUGA